UCGAUGUAGUUUUUACAUCCCUAUUCUGCAAUAUUAUUUCACGGUACAGGUCUAAAACACAGAAAAUAGGGCUUGGUUGGACCCGCACAAACAAAAGUAGAAACCAUGGAAGUUGCCCCCGCACUGCCCACCAAUUCCGUUGGUGAUCAGGAAGCUCAGCAGACGCCGAUUAGUCCGAAAACAAAUCCAAACCAAGCGCCGGCCGCAAAGGCAGCAACAAUCGAAAAUGGUGUACAAACAGGAGGAGCGAAAAAGCCAGAGUGUUGCGAAUCGUCACAUUCCGUUGCGUCACGCCAGAGUGACGAAAGAGACGAGGGCAGGCCCAAAACCGAGCUGACUGACAAAGUAUUGAUUACUAUAUGCAGCGCCGAUCGCAAGAUCAAAAAGACUUUCAUGUCCUUGCCCACACGAAAGGAUGUGAUCGAAAAGGCCCAAAAAUACGGUAUGUGCGGCAGUACGAUUGUCUUAGAAAGCAACGGUUGCGAGAUAUGUGAGGAUGAUGUACUCCUUUUCGCAGCCAAGGAGAAAAUUCUACUGAUGCUCCUCGCCGAGUCUGAGGAGUAUGUGGUACUACCUCCACCAUCGCCGCUCAAUCGAUCCGAACGCGCCGGAAGCUCUGUAGAUCCUAGCUUUUAUGCCAACAGCAGUAUUGUGUCCAACCCAAAUGAUUCCACAGUUUCCAAUGACGAGACCGUGUCGUUGUCCAGUGUAACUCCUUCAAGUGCAAAAAGCUCAGCGUUGUUUAAGGAUUUCUUAAUACCGUGGAAUAGGGUGCCUGGGGACGUAAUGAAGCUGCUAAAAGGAAAGGGUAGUUUGGGUAAACGCCUAAAUACCCUGGCCAAUAUUUUAGUUGAGGCCCUCCGUGAGGUAUCUGGUCACAUCCCAAAACGAGUGUUCCGUCAGGUAGCACUGCAGGCUGCCGAAAAAUAUCCAGACUCCUUGCUUGAGAAGGAUCGUGAGGGUCAGUUUAUUGCCACCACGCCGCAGUCGCUUAUCUCCAAGAUGAUUAACCGAAAUAACACCCUCAACAAACCGCAAAAACGGGGAAGCUCGGGAACCUUUGAAAUCCACAUCUCGAACAAAAAACGAAAAUUUGCUGGUGGUGCUUCUAACGGUGACGCCAAAGCACUUGCUCUAAAUAAGGAUCUGGAGCAGAAAAAGGAAUAUCUUAUUUCUAGCUAUCGUGGUAGUUCCCCCAUGGAGCAGUCCAUCGUUAGCGAAUACAUGAAAGAGUGUUUCCCGCUGCAGCGCUCAUUCUUCAAUAACAGCGAAAAGAUCCCGGACAUUACGGCCAUCAAGGACAAUUGGCCAUAUAUUUUUGACAAGGAUGUGCUGUACCAGCACUUCGAGCUCCUGAUGUCCAUAGAUCCCCGGGCUUUGGAGAAACGCUUUGCUGGUGAAAAGGAGCGCUUUUUCAGGUUCUUCAAGAGUUCGAAGAACAAAAAGAUCAGCGCCCUGGAGGAGACUAACGCAAAUUUGUUGCGUGGCAUAGCGUAUCAUUUUAACGAGGAUCCCGACUACAUCUUUAAGCACCAGGAGAUUAGUUCCCUCAGCAAGGAAGCGCUACAGUGCACGAAUCCCACAAACGCCCCUUGGGUAGCUCUAGUCAGUUCACCCAUAACAACGGCUGAUGGCGUGGAAUCCCAGAUGGAGGCGAAGGUCUACAUCGAGGGUCAAAUAAUGGCAACGUUUGCCGCCAAAGACGACGACCUGCCGGAUAUUCUGGCCCAGUUGAUCUGCUACUACUAUACCUUCAACAUGAUGUACCCCAAGGAAGCCAAUCAAACACUCGAAUUUAUCGUCGUUUACUUUCUGGAGCACUCUCCAGAGCAAGUGCGAUCGUCAAAAAAAUCGGUGACCAACAAUGGCAAGUUUAACCAGCUCAUCGCAAAGCUGAACAACGCCAAUGGUUGAAGGUUCAUCUGGAUUUGCCUGAAACUAUAGCGCCGUGGGCGUCUCGUUUAUCUCCCCUUGAUUCUCCUUCCAGAGGAUACGAAUUCUGUUUAGUUUAUUUAUUUUCGCCGACCUAUUCCACAUGUAUUUGUACCACUACUUUUAAGAUUUGCAUAAAGUGUGAAGUAAUGUUGUGUAUACAUUUCUGACUUGUCACCCGA